AUGAAUGAAGAUUCUCCACAUGAUCUUGAUAAACGUGCAUCAGGUAACCUUUUAGAUAAAAUUCAAGAAUUUGAAUUUAUCUUUGUGUUGCAUUUGAUGUUCAAGAUGUUGCUUCUAAAUGAAUUGAACAAAGCUUUACAAAAGAAAGAUCAAGAUAUCGUCAAUGCUAUGGGAUUGCUUAAUCUUUUAAAGAGAAGAUUACAAACAAUGAGAGAGAGUAGUUUGGAGUCUUUGAUGGAUGAGGUUUAUUCAUUUUGUGGUAAACAUGAUGUUUUGAUUCUCGAAAUGACUGAAGACUAUCCAAGAUCGAAGCGUAAGAAGCCCGAAGUUUCAUAUUUACGUCACUUUCGUGUGGAAGUGUUUUAUGCAGUUAUUGAUUUGCAAAUUCAGGAGCUCAAUAAUCGUUUUGAUGUUGUGACUAGUGACUUACUCCUUGGUAUGGCUAGUUUGAAUCCGAUUGAUUCAUUUGUUAAUUUUAGAAAGAGAAGAAUAAUGAAGUUGGCCGAAUAUUACAAAAGUGAGUUUGGUGAUAAUCAACUACGAGAUCUCAGUUAUCAGCUCGAUAGUUUCAUUGUCUAUGCUCGAGAGUGUGAUAGCAAGUUUCUCAACUUGAAGAGGAUUAAGGAUCUUUCCAUGAUGAUGGCUCAAACAAAAUUGGAUCAAAAUUGGUCUCUAGUUUAUUUGUUUGUAAAGUUGACUUUGAUUUUGCCUGUUGCUACUGCAAGUAUGUAA